UUUGAUGGAAGCCUGGGGCUCCAGAUAAAGCUACUUGGCCCCAGAUGCUGGACAGAGCAUGCUUUUUCCUGUUUGCCUGGGAAAGGGAAGGCUGAACUGCUGAGUCUGACACUUAACAGGACUUCGGCAUUCCCCUGAAAACAGACUAGAUCAGAGAUUUUUUUUUUUUAAUUGAAAAGUAACUUGAGUUCUCUUUAGAAACCCUUAUUUGGUGCACACAUCUGGCUAUUUCACAGAGAUUUCAGUUUUGCAAAGAAAUUGGAGUUGAUUUCCUCCCUCAGACAAGCUAUUAGUUGUUGGUGGGCAACAGAAGUUGCUCAGCAUAGACAAGAGCAAAAAAGGUUCCUGCUGAGACUGAACGAAAACCUCAAAAGAGAACGCUGAGAAUUCAUCUCAGGAUGAAGAUGCAAGGGCAAAGGAGAAGCACUUGUGACACAAGCAAAUGGGGUCCAUUGAUGAACAGAUGCAAGAAGAUUCUUCUCCCAACUACUGCAGCUCCUACAGUGAUAAGAAUCUGGCUCCUUGGAGGCCUGCUGCCAUUCCUGCUGCUCCUCUCUGGCCUGCAGAGACCCACAGACGGUUCUGAGGUUGCGAUGAAAAUCGACUUUGACUUCGCACCAGGUUCCUUUGAUGAUCAGUACCAAGGCUGUAGCAAAGAGGUUAUGGAGAAACUAACUCAAGGGGAUUAUUUCACAAAAGACAUAGAAGCCCAGAAGAAUUACUUUGGGAUGUGGCAAAAAGCUCACUUAACCUGGCUUAACCAAGGAAAAGUUCUACCGCAGAACAUGACUACCACGCAUGCUGUGGCUAUUUUGUUUUAUACAUUGAACAGCAAUGUUCGUUCUAACUUUACUAGAGCCGUGGCCUAUGUUGCCAGGGCUCCACAGCAGUAUGAACGUUCAUUCCAAUUCAAAUAUUUACACUACUACCUCACCACAGCAGUCCAGCUGCUGAGGAAAGACAGUGUCAUGAAGAAUGGCACUCCUCUGUGCUAUGAGGUGCAUUAUAGGACGAAGGAUGUCCACUUCAGCGCCUACACGGGUGCCACCAUUCGAUUUGGCCAAUUCCUCUCCACAUCCCUCCUAAAAGAAGAGGCACAGGAGUUUGGGAACCAGACACUAUUUACCAUAUUCACCUGCCUGGGUGCACCUGUACAAUACUUCUCCCUCAAGAAGGAAGUCUUGAUCCCUCCCUAUGAGUUGUUCAAAGUUAUAAAUAUGAGCUCCCACCCAAGAGGAAACUGGUUGCAGUUGAGGUCAACUGGGAACCUGAGCACGUACAACUGUCAGCUGCUAAAAGCUUCCAGCAAGAAAUGCAUCCCUGAUCCUAUAGCUAUUGCAUCUCUCUCCUUUUUGGCCAGUGUCAUCAUCUUUUCCAAAAGCCGAGUAUAAAGGAAUCUUGUGACUCCUUUUAUUUAAAAAAAUUUUUAAAUAAAAUCUUUUUUAUUGG